AUGGAGCGAGGGGGGAAAGUGGAGGAUGAUGAGGAGGAUCUGUUUGUGGACUCUGAGUUCCCUGCAGAUGACUCAGCCCUCUUGUCUGACAGCUCCACUCCCAUCUGCAAACUGAAGGACAGCAUCACCUGGCUGCGCCCCCAGGAGAUCUGCCAGUCACCAGAAUUAUUUCCUGAAGACAUCAGCUUGGGUCACGCAAAGCAGGGAUUAUUGGGAGACUGCUGGCUCCUUUGUGCCUGCACAAUUCUACUACAAAACAAACAUCUACUGAACAAGGUGAUCCCUCUUGGCCAGCCUUUAUGGGCAUUGUUGGAGAAAGCCUAUGCCAAGCUUCAUGGUUCAUAUGAAAGACUUUGGGCAGGACAAGUUUCUGAAGCUUUGGUGGACCUUACUGGUGGACUGGCAGAACACUGGAGUUUGAGAAGCCUUGGAAAUGAUGAAGACCAUAGUAAAGAACAAAAAACAGAUUUGGUCAGAAGAAAAUCAGGUCGUGCCCUUGUGAAGUUAGUGAAGGAUAACUGUCUACUUGCCUGCUCCACUAACAGCAGGCCAGCAGAAGAGGCCAGUGAGCUGAGCCAGUAUCAUGCCCUAAACGUCUUGGAGUGUGUGGAAGUGAGCACCACGUCAGAACAAAAGGUCAAUCUUCUCCGGAUCAGAAACCCCUGGGGCAGGUGCUGUUGGGAUGGGUCCUGGAUAGAAGGUGGUCAUGGUUGGAGUACUCUUGAUCCUCUCUGUGCUAUGGGUUUGAAAAGCAGGAUAUCACAAGGGGAAUUCUGGUUGGAUGAGGAAGAGUUUGUUUCAAUGUUUGAUGAUGUUACUGUAGGCUAUCAAGUUAAUCAGACUGGACACCUCAAAAGCAUCUACUCAGGUCACACAUUGACACACCAACACCAGCUGACAGGUGAGUGGAAAAAGGGAUCCUCUGCUGGUGGUAGUAGAAACAGCAAUAGGUACAGCACCAAUCCAAAGUAUUGCCUGAAAGUUCGAGAAAGUGGAGAGGUGUUGGUGUCACUCUUGCAGCAUAAAGAUAAUAAGAGGAUUGUCAAAUCGGUACAAAAUAUAUUUGAAGAUCUCAGCAUUUGUGAACACCAGCAUUACCACGCAAUUGCUCUGCACAUUUGGAAGUUGGAGAAGAAGCGUUUUAAUUUGAAUCGAGUGUUAAAUAAAGCCCCAUUUGCCUCUACUCACUGCCAUGCGUAUGAUAGAGAAGUGGUCCUCCAUCAGGAGCUACAGACUGGAUAUUACCUUAUGAUUCCCAGCACUUACCAACUAGAAGCUGAGGCCCAAUUCCUCAUUCGGGUCUUCUCUUCUUCAUCCACUUCUCUCAGCACACUAGAAAGCCCAGCACUGCCACUGCCAUUAACAAUCGGUGGAGAGUGGGACAAUAAUUACUUUCAAGGUGUGUGUGGUGACAUCAUGGAGUCAACGGGAGUCAACAUCAAGAUCACUUUGCGGCAAACUACCUCUGAAAAAGAUUUAUAUCCAAUCGGCUUUCACAUUUACAAGGCCCAGGAUGGGAUGUCUGAGUCUAGGCUUCCUGUGGAUGAUGAACCUGUUGCCAGCUGCGUUCCCCACUGCUACAAUCAGGUGGUGUUUCUAAUGUGCCAUCUACAUCCCGGAGUUUACACCAUUGUGCCAUCUACGUACGAGCCGGACUGUCCUGCCAACUUCAGCCUUUGCAUAUCUAGCAGGGUACACAGGAAAAUUGUGAAAUGUCAAGAAAAGCUUGGAAAGCCCAUUAAAGAGAUUUCUUGUACAUCUUUGAUGCAGAACUAG